AAAGUUUCUUCCUGUUUCACAACACUGUACAAGCCAAGUCGUAUUUUAAAGAGCCCUUUAAAGUCCCAGUGAAGUAGAGAAGGAGUAUUGAUAUAUUUCAUCUACAAAUAGAGAAAAGCUCGGUUGUCCACUGUUGUUUGCCAAGUCUCCACUCUCGGGGACUUGACUCAGCAGCCAUUUACAAUGCCACUGAACAAUGAACGUCCCACUUCCACAUCUACGGUGGCCAGUGAGGACCAGAACAGUGACACGGAGUCAUCGGAAAGGUGCGACAGUUUGACCUCGUCUAGCGAUGUGGACUAUUCUCGCCAGAGCUUCACCAGCGAUUCGUCCAGCAAACACAACUCUCCUUCCUGCAGCCCACCAAAAACCCUAACGCUUGACGAGGUCAUGGCCUCGGCCCGGGACCUUUCUAAUCUGAGCCUGGCUCAUGAGAUCGUAGUCAACCGGAACUUCCACCUAGAGCCUCCAGAUCUACCUCAAAACAGCCUGGAGAAGAGAGUUAAGGAUAUGGUGCACAAGGCUUUCUGGGACUGUCUUGAAUCUGAGCUGAACGAUGACCCCCCUGAGUACGAUCAUGCCAUCAAACUACUGGAAGAGAUCAGAGAUACCUUGCUGUCCUUCCUUAACCCCGGGGCCAACCGCCUGCGUACUCAGAUUAUGGAGAUUCUGGAUAUGGACCUGAUUCGCCAACAGGCUGACAACAAUGCGGUUGAUAUCCAGGGCCUUGUGUCUUACAUCAUCAAUACUAUGGGCAAAUUCUGUGCUCCGGUCCGAGAUGAUGAAAUCAAGAAGCUCAAGGAGAACUCAAGCGACACUGUGACACUGUUCAAGGAGAUCUUCCGGGUGCUGGACCUGAUGAAAAUGGACAUGGUGAAUUUUACUAUCCAGAGCCUCAGGCCAGAGCUUCAGAGACAGUCGGUAGAGUAUGAGAGAGCCAAAUUCCAGAGCAUUCUGGAAAGAACUCCCAGUGCUUUGGACCACACAACUGAGUGGAUCAGAUCUUCAAUAGAGGAGGCCACUCAAGUCAUGCCACCAGCAAAGAAGAGCAGUGAUUCUGGGCAAAGCAGCAAUCCCUUACCAGGGCCCACGCUGGUGCUAAAUACUGCCUACAUAAGACUGCUCACCUGGGAUGAGAGCAAGGGCCCUCUGCCUGAGACUUUGAUUACGGAUGAAUUGAGGUUGCAGGAGAUGCAGCGCUCUCUUCAGCUGUAUCAAAAAGUCGCGUCUGUUCUGCUGAUAGUCUACAGCUCAAUAGGAGGGGCCGUGUCAGGCCUGCCCGCUCUUGUCGAGCGACUCAAGAAGAUGACAGCAGUGCUGCUGGAGGGCAUGCAUAGCGCAGACUUUAACCUUAAUGAAGCUCUUAGUAAUGUCAGUGCUCAGAUCUGCUGUGAGGUCAACAAGUCUUUGGCUGAAAGAAACUUCCCAGCUCUCCCUGCUGAACUGCAGGCAACUCUAAAGGGCCAGAUCUGUGACAUCACCCAGGAAAACAACCCAAUACGCACUCUUGUUGAGGGAAGGGUACAGCAGUACUUAAGGGUGGUCCUUGCCUCUACCACCUCUCACAGAACGCCCCCUCCCGUACCGCCAGGCUUGGGUCUGAUCCAGCUGGAUCUCAUGGGACUGGGCGUCAGUUUCGUCAACCUCGUCAACUUCAACAAAAAGGUUUACGGUCCUUUCUACGUGAGCAUCCUGAAGAAUCUGCUUUUUAUCAACACGCAAGCACCAGCUCUACAAAAUGGGAUCACACAGGGGCCAUCCAGCAGCCCACUGGAGUCCAAAUAGACAAGGAUGCUUCAUCUGCUCCCAGUUAUCAUACCCAGACAUUUCACUUAUGUGUUUCCAAGUGAGUUAUUUGAUGAUUGAUUCUAGGGAUUCACUAAAGACUGAAGAACAACGACGUGCUAUGGUGCUUAAAAUGAAAAAGUAUGGAUGUUACAAACAAUGUUUUUUUCCAAGUAAUGUUUUUAGCAUCUCUCUAACUGUAGUUUUCACUUCACAGUGUUACUGCAAUAGAAAUUCAGUCAUUACUUACAGUAUAUUGACAAUGUUUAGGUGCAAGGAGGAAACUUUUCUAAUAUAUACAUACAGCUGUUAAAGACGUAGCCAAAAGAGGCUAAUAUAUUUACAUAGAUCAUUUACAGACAUUUGAGAAUAUGCAUUUAUGUCCGUUUAGAGACACCCGUGUAUGUUGUAUCCCAUGCCCAGAUUCUAAGAUUAUUAAAAAUGUUUAUUGGAGCAUAUUAAAAUCCAUCAGUGACAAAGUAAAGUUAUACUUUGUGUUUGCUACACAUUUUUUGAAAGUAUUGUAUUACAAUUGUUAACUGUAUUUAUACUUGAAAAAAAUUGUCUGAAUUUCUGUGUAAUUUGAAGUGGAAGAAACUUGAAAUUACAUAAAGAGGGAGAAUCCAGAACUCUGGCAAGAACAAUAUUGUUAAAUUCAUUUGAUUUUUGGUCCUGGUAGUGUCAUUUUUAUACAAUUAUGACUGCAUGAUUAUUUGUAUUUUCCUUUUUUUAUCCUCUAGACAUCAACAUUUGGGUUAGUUUUGUAUGCCGUUUGUAUGUCACUGCGCUUUAGUUACAGGCAUGUUUAUUUUAUUAAUGUUGUUUAUGAAAAUUAAGGGGAUUGUCUUAUAUAAUGUUUGUGCUUAUAUAAUUCAAUUGUGUUGAUAGUUUUACUUUAACUAUUACCAAACUGCAUAGACCUAGAACCUUGUUUUGCUAGUGUUUAUUUUUGUGUGACAAGUGAAUGAAUGACAUCUUUGUCUGGAAAGCCAUUUUCAUAUCAACAUGACAGACUGUCAAUUUAACAAUUUUGCAAUGUGUAUUGUUUCAGAUGUAAGAACCCUUAUAAGAACAACACAAUAUAUGUGGUGUGAAAAGCACUAAAAAAAAAAAUGAAUAAAAGAAAGUGUGAAAACGAAUUCAUAUUUAUUUUAAACAUUUGUUUCUGUAUUCACCUGACAUAACAUUUGAUUUUCUUUUAUAUGACAUUAAAAUUAUUUGUUAUUAAUUUAAAAAUCUAUAUGUUAUGGGUAUGGUAAAAUAAUAUUAAUAGUUGAAUCACAAUCUUUUCUAUAUUUAAUUUAUUUUAGCGCAAUUAAACAUUUCCUGUGCCCUUUCACAUAAAAAUUAAGACUUUUAUUUUGAAAGAAUACUACUUCCUGUGUGUUGGUGUUGUCAUGCUGACGACAUAGGAAGCUAAUUGAAGGCUAACCCUGUCAAACUAACGACCAUCCUAAUUUUCGUGAUCAGUGUUACUUUUAGAUAGUUUUUCCACAAUUUCAAAGCUUGAAUCAUGAUGCAAUUUAUCCUUGGCUUCACUCUGGGGAACGUGGUUGGCAUGUAUCUGGCACAGAACUACGAGGUACCCAACAUUUCAAAGAAAAUCGAGGCCUUUAAAAAGGAUGUGGAAGCCAAGAAGAAACCCCCAGGCCCAGAGUGACGGACACGAGUCCUGCCUGGAAAUAUCAUAUGGCUAUUUAUAAAAUAUCUGAAGAUGGCGGGACAUUUAAGAACAAGCAUAUAAUAUAGUAAAUAUUAUUGUUAAAGUAUAAACAAAAGAGCCCUCAAGAUGAACAGUAUAUUCAAAUAGUGUCAAAUAGUGCCUAAACAUCUCAUUUGAACAUUGAUGUGUUUUGCAUUUUUGCAUUGUAUUCUCUCUCUCUCUCUCUCUUCAUGGGUUUUUUGUAUUUAUUGAGAAACAUGUUUGCAGUGCAAAUUGUUGUGGACAAAUAGAAACUGCACGUAAAAUCAGUUAUUCAAAACAAAUUACGGAAGUUUUAAAAGCUUCUUUAUACUAUUAUGUAAUAAAGGUUAUACAAAUAAAAUUACAGUUUUUAAGUUG